CGUCAUCACGUAAACUGCAAAGAUACCCGGAUGAACUCGCGAUACACCGUGGAAACAUGUCGAAAAGGAGAGUACCUAGUGGAGGAACCCCGGACACGAAACCAGCUACAAAGCACCAAAGUCGCGGUGUUCAUUGCUAAUUUUAAGUAAACGUAGGAGGCUAUUUUAGAAAGUCCUUGAAGCAGAGCCGUCUGGUCUCCAUGGGUGGCUAAAACCGCCCUAAUCCGAACAAUAGACCGAGCGGGACGAAUCGAGAAAAGCGACGGCGUGAGAGGGCUUAAACCGGGACAGGGGUGCUGUGUCGGCUUCUCGUUGGGUUGGGGGAUGUUAUCCGUACUGUCUUAUGGCAGACUGGUAGCCCGGGCUGUCCUCGGUGGACUCUCGCAGACGGACGGGCACGACUACAGCCUCGUUACCGCCAGCUAUGGCUUCGGCAAGGACUUUCGAAAGGGGAUUCUUAAGAAAGGGAUGUGCUAUGGGGACGACGCCUGCUUCAUCGCGAGGAACAAGAAUGCAGACGUUUUGGGCGUAGCGGAUGGCGUGGGUGGCUGGCGGGACUACGGCGUAGACCCAUCUCAGUUUUCCGCCACGCUGAUGAGAACGUGCGAGCGGCUGGUGAAGGAGGGCCGCUUCACUCCCAGCAAUCCAGUGGGCAUCCUGACGUCUGGCUACUAUGAGCUCCUGCAGAACAAGGUUCCGCUUUUAGGGAGCAGCACCGCCUGCAUCGUGGUGCUGGAUCGACGGAGUCACCAGCUCCACACGUGUAACCUCGGCGACUCGGGCUUCCUGGUGGUGCGCGCAGGCGAGGUGGUGCACCGUUCAGACGAGCAGCAGCACUACUUCAACACGCCCUUCCAGCUUUCUAUCGCCCCGCCGGGGGCCGAGGGCGUCGUGCUCAGUGACAGUCCAGAUGCCGCUGACAGCUCCUCCUUUGACGUGCAGCUCGGCGACAUCAUCCUCACCGCCACGGAUGGCCUCUUUGACAACAUGCCCGACUACAUGAUUCUUCAGGAGCUCAAGAAGCUCAAGACCACAAACUAUGACAGCGUUCUGCAGACUGCGCAGAGUAUCGCAAAGCAAGCUCACAACCUGGCCUACGAUCCCAACUACAUGUCGCCGUUUGCACAGUUUGCGUGUGACAAUGGCCUGAAUGUAAGAGGAGGAAAGCCGGAUGACAUCACGGUGCUGCUGUCCAUCGUGGCCGAAUAUACGGACUAAGGAGUGAGCGUGCUCAAAUGUGUAUUUGUGUGCGAUGGGGAGCGCGUGGCGCUCGUGUGCGGGGCUCGCUAACCCCCUCUCUCUCUCUCCCGUCCGCCUCAAUCUUCCUCCGUCCUGCGGGCCACGCCCGUCACAACGCCCGCUCGUCCACCCGUGUCCGUUUUGUUUUUGUUUCUUCCUCGGUUUGGUUCAAGCGUCAAAGGGGGAAGCGGGCAGCUAGCAUAGUUCCAUGUUGAUCAUGACGCAGGAGUAGCACAACGCGGCACAUACGGCGUCUCAAUUGCACAUCGUUGAGUAAGAAGCGACAUAGGACGAGGAGCAAGACAGGCUUAGCGGGUUUUUGAGAAGAGAAUCUAUAGUUGGGGCCCGAAGGUAUUUUUGUUGCUCCAUUUGAGUCCGAUGACUGAGAGGUAUGCUUUGGGAAAGUGAAUGGCGGAUGCGAUAAAUAGUCCUUAAAAUCGCUCAGAGGGCACGAAACGGAGCCUACGAGACUUAGUUGAGCCAACAUACAAAUGUUAUUGAGGUUUGGGGCCGAGGGAAGGAUGUGCCUCAUUCCGGUUGUAAAUUGUUCUUUUUUUGGGACUGUCUCCUCUGCUUUUGGAUUUAUUUUUGUUGGAUUUACUGUUGUGAGCGAUGCGUUCACAGGCGUUUGAUUAAUCCCCACACUUCCACUUGCUGAGACGAACAUUUGCCGAGAUAGGAAAGGGAGUAAAUGUGCGUGUGUCUUGAGUGCGAAUGUCUGUCGUGUUUUGAUGUUAGGAGAAAUGCUUUUAGCAUCUGUUAAUGCUCGCGGUCGCAAACGUUGCUCAUGUGUGAGGAUAAACGGAUGUAGAUAUAUUUUUAAAAUUGUGAUAUUUGAAAGUGUCUGCCCUGAUGAAAUGCUGUAUUUCCUCUGAUUGUGGUUCACUUGAUGAACUCUUGGGGUGAGACUUACAUUUGUGCACAUGCGUAUGUAAUAAAACCGUCCCAAAAUUUAGCAAUUCAUCCUUUUUGUUGCACAGUGAAAAUUCUGACAUCGCCACCUUAUGGGACUACACUUUACUGAUGUUAUUUAAAGUGAGGUGUUUAUUUUUUCAAGUGCAUGAGGGAACGAUUUGAGGAAAUGCGGUAUGUGUAUGGUUGAUGACAAUUUUUUUUUAAACUUUGUAUCAUGUCCUGUUCGCGGUUAUUGUUCAUUUUGCUGCUUUUGUGUGUGUGUGUGUGUGUGUGAGAUGUGAGUAUAUGAGCUGAUUUACAUGCAACAUGUUCACCGUGAUUGUAAAGAGUGCUUGCGUGCGUGCGGCGUUUAAUCCCCUUACGUCAAUAAUCCCGAGACGCGUGUCCUACUGUUGCGCUCGUGGCAAGAUGCCCUUCAGCAAACACUACUCUGGACAAAAUGUCUUGACAUUUUCAACGUGGGCGCACCAAAGACAUUUGACUUUUCUGUAUUCAUCCGUACGCCUUGUGGUUGUAAACAUAAUGCAGCAAUACUGCACACUAUUUGUGCUCGGAAUAUUGUGUGAUGGCAAGAUGGGUCUCUGAAGAGGGUUUUUGGUCACCUUUUUUUUUUUUUUGUCACAAUGUUGUUGAUGAAUUUGUCUUUCUUACGUGUGAUUGUCUGUAGCACCCGUGCAUGACAGGUUUCGCAAGCCAAAGAUGGAAAGCCAUAUAUAGAAUGCAUAUUAGAGAACCCUGCUCUGUACUGUAGGCUCUUCUGUAAGCGAUGUGUUGGUAGAGACCAAUAAUGUCACCGCUUUAUGUAUGUAUUAUAAAUGUUGUAGGAGCUGUACUUUUUGGGGGUGGACGGGUUCAUUGAAAAAGUCUUUACAUAAUAGUUGAGUGCGCUGCGGAACAAUUUGGGAAAAAAAUCUGUUGAGUUAGAUUUUUAUGCUGAUUAAAACUCAAAUUGGCAUGCUGAUUCCAAAUUUGCAUCUGUUUUUUUUCUCUUUCGCUACAGUUUAUCAUUCAGGGAAGCAACAUUUUCUGAUUAGCUGGAGUAAAACUGUAGCAAGAACCGGCCAUAUUGUGACUCAUCUACAGUACAGCUAUGUGGCAACUUGUUUAUGCGUGUGUGUGGCUCCCAAUAGGUCAAUACUGUAAGUCAAACCUAACUAAAAAAAAAUGUUCCCCCGCGUUAUUUGUCACUGGUGUUCUCUUUGCAUGGUUUCUGUCAAUCUUCAAGUUUGUCUUUAUAAUGCAUAUGUUCUGGAAAUAUGUAACGUAUAUGCAGACCACGGCAGAACUGCUGUGAAAUUAAGCGCGUGACUCAAAAGGAAGAGCACAGUUUCAGCCUUAACACCUGUCAUCAAGAGGCCUUCCAUGUCUUUGCAAAGCUUGUCUCGUCCAUGUUGUCCAGUGUUAGUUCAAUACAGUCUGCGUACGCCGAUGGGUGGGCGGGGUGGGGAGGUCUGCCCCCCACCCCGAUGUGUGUUCUCCCCUUCAGAGCAAAGGUGCUUCUGCCAUCCCCAGGAUUGGCAUGAUUGUCCUUUUUCCAACAAGCGAUAUUUGUAUGGGUGAAUGAACGCUACAUCCAUGUCUGUCACAGUAUAACAAUGCAAGUCUAUGUACUGUAAAUAUGUUUUCAAAAAUGUACAAUAUUUAAAUAAAGUCUAUAGUAUUUAUAUA